GUGGUGUGCUACGGGCCUUAAUUUUGCAUCGUCGCUGUUUCGUUUUUACCCGAGGUGUUCAUGCCUCACCGGGAAGUAUUUUAGUGCAUUUCUUGUUAAUUAUUUUCUCUCCGGUUUCUCAGUUAACAUCGGGAAACGGAACAAUAAGAGCUAAGAACUGAGGGUGGUAAGGAAAGGCUUGGAGGGUAUUAUUUAACAUCUUUUUCCCCCCUCCAUCUUUACUCGCGCACCCCGACACACGCUGAUGGCGGUCACUGUGGAGGAGUUGUACCGUAACUAUGGGAUCCUUGCCGACGCCAAGGACAACCUGAGCCAGCACAAAGAUGCCUACCAGGCUAUUCUUGAUGGUGUGAAAGGCGGUCCAAAGGAGAAGAGGUUGGCCGCCCAGUUUAUUCCAAAAUUCUUCAGUAACUUCCCCGAGUUGGCGGACGCCGCGAUCAACGCUCAGCUAGACCUGUGCGAGGACGAAGACGUCUCGAUUCGUCGGCAGGCCAUUAAAGAGCUCCCCCGGUUCGCUGCUGGGGAGAAUCUGCCCAGGGUCGCUGACAUUCUUACGCAGUUACUCCAGACAGAUGAUUCUGCAGAAUUCAACCAGGUUAAUGUUGCCCUGAUCUCCAUUUUCAAGAUCGAUGCAAAAGGAACGCUGGGAGGCUUGUUCACACAGAUCCUGCAGGGGGAGGACAUUGUGCGGGAGAGGGCCAUCAAGUUCCUCUCCACCAAGCUGAAGACUCUGCCUGAGGAUGUCAUGACCAAGGAAGUGGAGGACUUUGUUUUCACCGAGACCAAGAAGGUUCUGGAGGACGUGACGGGGGAGGAGUUUGUGCUGCUGAUGCGGGUGUUGUCCGCGCUGAAGAGCCUGCAGACGGUGGCCGGCCGGCAGCAGCUGGUGGAGCUGGUGGUGGAGCAGGCCUUCCUGGAGCAGGCGCUCAACCCCACCGACGCCGACAACGUGGACCGGCUCCUGCAGUGCACCCGCCAGGCCCUGCCCCUCUUCUCUAAAAAUGUACAUUCCACGCGGUUCGUGACGUACUUCUGCGACCACGUCCUGCCCAACCUCAGCACCCUGACCAGCCCGGUGGCUGAGCUGGACAUCCAGCUGGAGGUCCUGAAGCUGCUGGCUGAGAUGAGUCCAUUCUGUGGGGACAUGGAGAAGCUGGAGGCCAACCUCACCAUGCUGUUCGAGAAGCUGGUGGAGUUCAUGCCCCUGCCUCCAGAGAACGCGGAGAAUGGGGAGAACGCGGGCAGCGAGGAGCCCAAGCUGCAGUUCAGCUACGUGGAGUGCCUCCUCUUCAGCUUCCACCAGCUGGGAAAGAAGCUUCCGGACUACCUCAUCGACAAGAUCGAUGCUGAGCGCCUGAAGGACUUCAAGAUCAGAUUACAGUACUUUGCGCGCGGGCUCCAGGUGUACAUCCGGCAGCUUCGAGUCGCUCUGCAGGGAAAGACGGGAGACGCACUGAAAACGGAUGAGAAUAAAAUUAAAGUUGUGGCUCUUAAGAUUACAAACAACAUCAACGUCCUCAUCAAGGACCUUUUCCACAACCCGCCCUCGUAUAAGAGCACCGUCACGCUCUCCUGGAAGCCCGUGCAGAAGACCGAGGCUGCUGCACAGAAGAGGCCGUCCGGGGAGGAGGUGGGGGCCGGGGCGGGGGCCGGGGGCGUGGUGAAGAAGGCCUCCCCGCUGCCCCGGAGAGACGCGCGGCAGAUCUACAACCCCCCGAGCGGGAAGUACAGCGCCACCAUCGGGAACUUCACCUACGAACAGCGCGGAGGAUUCCGUGGUGGGCGGGGCCGAGGCUGGGGUGGCCGUGGCAACAGGAGCCGGGGGAGGAUCUACUAAAAGGCGCCACACCGAUUCCGCAAGAUCAUGUGACCACACACUGACCCGAGUGCAGUACACACACUGCUCGCUGCGUCAGUGAGCGUGUCAUCUGUGUGCUGCCCUCCUGACCCCUGACCCUCCCCUCAAGCUCUUUCCCUCUUCCCCAGUCACCUGUAAAAAGUGAAUAUUCAAAUGUCCUUUUUUAUUUACUUUUUUUUUUAAUCCAAACCUUUUUAGUGGAACUGGAGCCUAAGAGCUUGUCAGCCAUUUUUCCCCCCUUCCCCCUACAAUGCAUUUGUUCAAGUAGAUGUUUGGAUUUUUUUUGGUUUUGUUUUUUUUGUAUGGACGAAUUUCUGUGGAUCAGGACUUUCAAGCUGUGCUAUAUUGUACUUUAUUAACUUGUCAGACUGUUGGAACAAAACGAGAAAAAAAAGUGACAAUAUUUUACAAAAUGGUGGCAGGUGCCUACUUUGUACCUUGUUAUUUAACCUUGUUUCGGUUUUUUUUUAGAUCUGAUUUGGUUUGCAUUUCUCUUGCAAGUUUGUAAGGAUCAAUAAUGUUUUCAACUGAAUUUUACCAUAAAAUUGUCUUGGAAGUC